AUGGAAGGAGAGAACUACACGGUGGUGACAGAAUUCAUCUUCCUGGGGCUGGCCACGAGCCCAAUGCUGAAGCUUCUCUUGUUUGCUGUCUUCAUGGCUAUAUAUAGUGCAACCAUGCUAGGUAACCUCUUUAUUGUGGGCCUAGUGGCUUAUGAAUCUAUCCUCCAUAUCCCCAUGUACUUCCUGUUGGGAAACCUCUCCUUUCUGGAUUUCUGCUACUCCACCAUCACCGCUCCCAAGAUGCUAGUUGGUUUCCUGUCGAGAACCAACACUAUUGCAUAUGGAGGCUGCAUUUCUCAGAUCUUCUUCUUCCACUUUAUUGGUGGCAUUAAGAUAUUCCUGCUCACCAUCAUGGCCUAUGAUCGCUACGUUGCCAUCUUCCACCCGCUGCGCUAUGCAGCCAUCAUGAAUUGGACCAUGUGUGGUGGACUGGUGUGGGCCUCCUGGGUUGGUGGCUUCAUCCACUCAAUUGUGCAAGUGGCCAUUGUAACCCAGCUACCCUUCUGUGGCCCCAAUGAGCUUGAUAACUUCUACUGUGACGUGCCGCAAGUGGUCAGAUUGGCUUGCAUGGAUACCUUUGUGGUGGAACUGCUCAUGGUGUCCAACAGUGGCCUGGUGACCUUGAUGUGCUUUGUGGUGUUGCUCGUAUCAUACUCCAUCCUCCUCGCCAAGCUCAGAGCAGGGUCUGCAGCAGGCCAGAGCAAGGCUCUCUCCACUUGCAUCGCCCACAUCACUGUUGUGACCCUGAUUUUUGGCCCUUGCAUCUACAUCUAUGUCCAUCCGUUCCACAGUUUCCCCAUCGACAAAGCUGUCUCGGUUCUCUACACUGUCAUCACUCCCAUCCUGAACCCUUUCAUUUACACUCUCAGGAACAAAGAUUUCAAAACAAGCAAGAAGAAACUGCUGGUCAGGCAUCUGCUUCCAUUUCCCAUCAUGCGACAUCUCUUCUUCAAGAGUGGAAGUUUUGUCUGUAAAAGGACAGGGACUGUCCUGUGA